CUUCCGCAUAAAAACCGAUGAACAAUCCGUGGCUAUAAAAGGCAAAGCUAUGUUUCCAUCGGAAGCACGGAGAUCUGCAACUCUCGCUGUGUACGCCUGGGUUUUAGCUCGUCUCUCUCUUAAAUUUCCUUCAAUUAGGUCUCCGGCUACGUCAAAAUGACCACUUCAAGGCGCCUCGCUGACAAAAAGAUCGCUAAAUUUCAGAAGAACAUAACAAAGAGAGGAUCUGUUCCUGAAACCACUGUAAAGAAAGGGAACGAUUAUCCCGUUGGUCCUAUAGUUAUUGGCUUCUUCGUUUUUGUGGUCAUUGGAUCAUCUUUGUUUCAGAUAAUUAGGACGGCCACUAGUGGCGGGAUGGCUUGAGGAGGGAACCGACUGAUGGAUGGGAGUAGCUAUUGGUUGGAAAAAAAAAUAGAGCAACUGUUCCAGAAUAUUCACAAUUUGCAAGGUUUGAAAAUUAUAUUACAGCAUGAGGGAGUUUAGAAUUUGACCUUUGUUAGGUGUAAUCAUGUUACAGUUGACAGUAUGAUCUGGAUGA